UAUUGCCGGCCAAGGCAGCCAAAGCCAAACCCAGUGCCACAAGCAUAUAACAAGCAGCAAUCGAACUACCACCAGCAGCAGCAGCAGCAGCAGCUAUAGCGGCGGCAACAGCAAUCAACAAAAUCGCAGCACAUUUUUGAAAGGCAUACGCAAAGAUAUGACAAGUGAUGGUGCUGUUACGUUUUGGAUAUUUUUGCUUUGUUUGAUCGGCUCUCCGCAGCUGGAGGGCAGUGAGGCGGGCAGGCCGGAUGAGCUGCACAUAGGCGGCAUAUUUCCCAUUGCCGGCAAAGGAGGAUGGCAGGGUGGGCAGGCGUGCAUGCCGGCGGCAAGACUGGCAUUGGAUGAUGUCAACAAGGAGCCAAAUCUACUGCCAGGCUUCAAGCUAAUCCUGCACAGCAAUGACAGCGAGUGUGAGCCUGGGCUGGGCGCCAGCGUAAUGUACAAUCUCCUAUAUAAUAAGCCACAAAAGCUUAUGCUGCUGGCGGGUUGCAGCACAGUGUGCACCACUGUGGCUGAGGCGGCCAAAAUGUGGAAUUUAAUUGUGCUUUGUUAUGGCGCCUCGAGUCCCGCACUCUCUGACCGCAAGCGUUUCCCAACACUGUUUCGCACACACCCGUCGGCCACAGUGCAUAAUCCAACGCGCAUCAAACUGAUGAAAAAGUUCGGCUGGUCCCGUGUGGCCAUUUUACAGCAGGCCGAGGAAGUAUUCAUAUCGACUGUGGAAGAUCUCGAGAAUCGCUGCAUGGAAGCUGGCGUCGAAAUCGUAACUAGACAAUCAUUUCUAUCCGAUCCAACAGACGCCGUACGCAAUCUUAGACGCCAGGAUGCACGCAUUAUAGUGGGACUCUUCUACGUGGUCGCAGCGAGACGAGUGCUCUGCGAGAUGUACAAACAGCAGCUUUACGGACGUGCCCAUGUUUGGUUCUUCAUAGGUUGGUAUGAAGACAACUGGUAUGAGGUAAACCUAGAAAAUGAAGGGAUUACUUGUACCGUGGAGCAAAUGAGAAUUGCUGCCCAGGGGCAUCUAACCACAGAAGCGCUAAUGUGGAACCAAAACAAUCAGACAACAAUAUCCGGAAUGACGGCUGAAGAGUUUCGUCAUCGACUGAACCAUGCGCUUAUUGAGGAGGGCUAUGACAUUAAUCACGAUCGCUAUCCGGAGGGCUAUCAGGAGGCACCGCUGGCCUAUGAUGCUGUCUGGAGCGUGGCAUUAGCUUUCAACAAGACAAUGGAACGCCUAACAACCAGAAAUAAAUCAUUAAGAAACUUUACCUACACAGACAAGGAAAUCGCAGAUGAUAUUUAUGCGGCCAUGAAUUCGACCCAAUUUUUGGGUGUAUCGGGUGUGGUGGCAUUUAGUUCGCAAGGCGAUCGAAUUGCGCUGACACAAAUUGAACAGAUGGUAAAUGGAAAAUAUGAGAAGCUGGGUUACUACGACACACAACUGGAUAAUCUAACGUGGCUAAAUAUGGAGCAAUGGAUAGGUGGCAAGGUCCCACAAGAUCGCACCAUUGUCACUCAUGUGCUGCGCACAGUAUCUUUACCGUUAUUCGUGUGCAUGUGCACCAUUUCUAGCUGUGGCAUCUUUGUGGCCUUUGCCCUGAUUAUAUUCAAUAUAUGGAAUAAACAUAGAAGAGUCAUACAAUCCUCACAUCCAGUAUGCAAUACGAUAAUGCUAUUUGGUGUGAUCAUUUGCCUUACAUCGGUCAUACUACUGGGCAUGGAUGGACGCUUUGUUAUGCCGCAUGAAUAUCCAAAAAUUUGUCAAGCUCGAGCUUGGUUAUUAUCCACCGGUUUUACAUUAGCAUAUGGUGCUAUGUUCAGCAAAGUCUGGCGUGUGCAUCGAUUUACAACAAAAGCGAAAACUGACCCUAAGAAAAAAGUGGAACCUUGGAAGCUAUACACCAUGGUUUCGGGCCUCUUAUCAGUAGAUUUAGUGAUAUUACUAUCUUGGCAGAUCUUUGAUCCGCUGCAGCGUAAGCUCGAAACAUUCCCACUCGAAGAUCCAGUAUCUACAACUGAUGAUAUUAAAAUACGUCCAGAGCUUGAGCAUUGCGAAAGUACACAUAAUACAAUGUGGUUAGGACUUGUCUAUGGCUUUAAAGGCUUAAUACUCGUAUUUGGCUUGUUCUUGGCUUAUGAGACGCGCUCGAUUAAGGUCAAGCAGAUCAACGAUUCGCGCUAUGUGGGCAUGAGCAUCUAUAAUGUGGUUGUGCUCUGUCUGAUAACAGCGCCAGUGGGCAUGGUUAUUGCAUCGCAGCAGGACGCUUCAUUCGCCUUUGUUGCACUAGCUGUGAUAUUCUGUUGUUUCCUAAGCAUGCUGCUGAUAUUUGUGCCAAAGGUUAUUGAGGUCAUAAGACAUCCCAAGGAUAAAGCCGAAUCUAAAUACAAUCCAGACUCGGCCAUAUCCAAAGAGGAUGAAGAACGCUAUCAAAAGCUGGUUACCGAAAAUGAGGAGCUACAACGAUUGAUAACACAGAAAGAGGAAAAGAUCCGUGUACUUAGGCAGCGCUUGGUCGAGCGUGACGUCAAUACAAAGAGCACAGAACUGAAUGGCGGCGGCACGGCAACCACUUCGCUUGCUAUGCAGCCUCAGCCAGCUUCAAUCAUCAACGCAUCUGCCUCCUCCACACAUGCCACGCCCGCAGCAACACUCGCAAUCACACAAGAUACUCAUGAGCACCGUACAUGAAAAAACUUGUCAAUUUCCUUUGCGUGAUAGGUGAAUUAUACAAAUGAGAGAUGAUGCUUAAUCAAUAUCUAAGAUUAAUAAAUCAUGUAUGUAAACAAGUAAACUUAAUGAACUUUGUAUCAACUUUAAGCUGAGCUAAAAAAGUGAAUUGUUAGCAGCAAUUUUGUAGAUUUACUGAACAUAAAACAUGAAGAAAGAAAAAAUAUGUAUUGUACCUUAAACGUGUUUAGUAAGUACUUAAAUUAUAACGAAAUACUUUUAACUUAACAAAUUAAAAAAAAAAAAACAAGAAAUUAACGAUAUUAGAAUGUGAACUAUAAAAAAUUGUUAGGCUUUAAAGUUGAAACACGAAAACCAAACAUAGUCAUUAUACCAGAGUUAAGUAUUAUGAGAAACUUAUAUAUAUAUAUAUGUACAUCAUGUUACAGUUAGUAAUUUUUAAACAAAAAACAAUGCAAGCAAAUCAAUUGUUGUGUUUAGUAUUAAAUAUGUUUUGUCUAAUGAGUAUUUGUUUCCCAUAAACCUUUUUUUGCUCAGCGCUGUCUCCUAGAGUCCCAUAUAAACACACUCACUCACACACACAUACACUCUUACACUCACACACACAGACACAAACGCACACCUAAAUACUUUUCCUUAGGCGGCCUUUUACCUUCAAAUGAGGCCGCAGCAAUACGAGCUCCUAGACUUCAGACUCCUUCAAGGUUUGGCCUAAUUAUCUACUCGCAACUUAGCCCUAAGUUAGUGUUAGUUUAUUGUAUAGUUCAUGUACAUGGUGUAUAUGUAUGUAUGUGUGUAAAUUUUUGCGCGCCUGUCCAAAAUAUUAUAAAAACAAAACAAAAAACUCGUACUUACAUUACAUGCACUCGAAGUAACUCUUGUAAUAGUUUAAAUUUUCUGUGAGUCGUAAGUAGCACAAAUCGUAAACCUAGCAAAUCUUACAUUAGCUAAAGAGAAACGCAUAGUCUUAGAUCUAGACUCUAGUAUAGCAACAAAAGUUAAUAUUUACAUCCUUAGGGAAUGUUGAAUGCGGCAGUUGAAAUGCUCAAGCAACGUUUUAAUUUGUAUGUAUGUAUGUAUGUACUGUUAUACUAUACAUAGCGAAACGAUUAAUUAUGAAAGCAGCAAAUAGAGAGAGUAAAAUUUUUGAACAUACUGAAAGUUCUAAAAUUGCAUUUAUAAAAUUAUACACAUAUAUACACAGAAAAAUGAAGAAUUAGUGCAUAAUUGUGAAAUGAUGAAUGCGUCGUUGUAUAAAAAUAGGAAUUGACAUUAUUUAAAGAGAAACUGAAACCUAAUUGACAAAACAAACUAAACUAAUAAAACUAAUUUGGAAUUCUUUUUUUAAAUCAAAUCAAUCACUCUUAUCCAUCACAAA